ACGAGCUAGGGUCGCACCGACGUGAGCGACGCGAGUGCGCUGCGAUGGCGCGAUGAGGACGUGCGCGCGCGCGGCGUUUUGCUGGGCCCUGUUCUGCCUCGUCGGCAGCCUGGCGGCGCCGCGCCGCCUCUACUGCGAGCGGGCGGACGUCGCGUGGCGAGCCUACCGGGCCCCGGCCGCCUUCGAGGCGCGCGUGCAAUCGCUCGCCAAAGACGCCGCCACGGUGCAAGUCCGCCGCGUUCUGCGCCGCCAGGGCCGCUGGCCCCGGGAAGAUGCCAUUAUCCGGCUCAAACUGCCCCAGGAUUCACUCGAGUGCUCCGGACGUUUCGAAGUGCCGUUACAGAAUCGAAAGAACUAUAUCGUGUUCGCGGAAAGGAGGGGCCAUGCCGCCGUGGCCCUCGGGCCUCCGUUGAGAAGGACCGGCAAGUUGAUUAGGAGGAUACGCGCGGUCUACAAGCCUGGUUACAGUAGUCCCGCGCGGGUCGAGCCGAUGCAGUCGGUACGCACGACGCGCGGCAGCCGCGUGAAGCUCGAAUGUCGGGCGAGCGCGCGGCCCCCGCCACGGAUAUCGUGGUACAGGGACGGCCGGCCGGUGGCUGAUAUUGCUUUAAGGAGAUUCCGGGUGCAGAGUUUCAGAAGGCGCUCGGUGUUAGUGAUAAGGCACGCGCGGCGCGAGGACGCCGCGACGUACGAGUGCAGGGCGCAGGGCGCCGUGGGGCCCCCAGCCAUCGCCUCGGCCAACGUCAGCGUGUUGCCGCCUGCCACUUCGGCGCCUGAUACUUCAAUGAUCGGUGCGCCGUGUCCUAUGCCAGACCCCUCCUCCUAUUGUCUCAACGGAGGCACCUGUUUAUUCUUCGAGCUUGUUCAAGAACAGGCUUGCAAAUGCCCAGAAGGCUUCAAUGGACAACGCUGCGAGAACAAGGACGUGUCGAACAGGAGCAGUAUGUAUCAUUCCUACACAUGCAAACUGGGCCUCUCCACGUCCUACUACUGUUAGCGAGCGUUUCGACCACAUCCCACCCACCUCUAUGUAUUCUAGAAAAAUCAAUAUCCGAACAUUCAACACAGAUGAAUAUUUAGGUACAAGCAUCCGAACGAUGCUGACGUUACCGCCAAAACAAUUGUCAUUGAUUUGACACGUUCGAUUAAAAAAAUAUUUAGUAUUGCCAUUUUAAAAUUGUGACAUGAAAAUUAAAAAGCAUUUUAUUAUCAUGCCAAGAUUCAAGACUGCAAUAGUCUAGUAUUACAAUUAUUUGCCAGAUGAUAUUUUAGAAAUAUUCGUUUAUGCUCGUUGAACAGUUGUCUGCUGACAACUUGUAAUCGUUUUAGGGCCAGCUGUUUGCAUGGCCGUUAUUCUCUCAUAGAACCUCUGCUUCUCGCAACCAAACCGAGAAUACAAGUAGAUUCUAUAUUAUUCUGACUUUUGUUUUCUAUAGUUUUAUCUUUUAGCAAAGCUUUAAAUUAUUUUUAGUUGUAUAAAUAGCUGGCCCAGUGAGAUUAUAAUUUUAAGCGUUUUUAAUAGACGAAUCUUCUUACUAUUUGGAUAAAUUUACCGACAGUAAUAGAUAAAAUUGUCCAUUGAAAUCCUGUCUUACAGGUUAUAAAUUCGAUAAAAAUUAACGCGAUAAUUAUUAUUGAAUUUAUUGUUCGGUUAUCGAAGUUGUAAAUAUUUUACUGUAUUUUGCGAAUUAUUAUAUUGUUAUAAAUCAUAAGGUUUGAUAACUUUAGUAUGUAAUAAUCAGAUGAAGAGACUUGCAAGUUAUGUACAUAUCUACUAGGGUAAGGUUUUAUUAGGAUCGUUUUCUAUUAAUAAAAAUUCUAGACUCUUUCUCGCCUUGCACACGUGAAUUUUACAGUCCCUUGUGUUUUGUGAAAUGAUAAAUGAUACGGUCUACUAUUUAAUUUUAUCAAAGUUUUUGAAAUUUCGUUCAAUUCAAUAUUAUUUUUUACCUAGUCAAAGUGCAGUUAACAAUUAUUAAUUUAUACAUGGAUUUCAUGAGUGCGUCUAAUGAGUGAGUGAAUGAUUAUUAAAACGUCAGAUUCCUACCCUUUUAUAGUUUCUAGCUUUCAUGUAACUUUCUGAAUGAGACCGAACUGUACGAUGAAUGGUUUUGUUAUCAAUAUUUUCAUUUUGUAUAAAGUUCUUUAAGUCCAUUAUUUAUAUUUAAUUAAACUAGAAUUGACUAUUUAUUAUAUUAAUGUGAAGAUUAUAGGGCAUUAAGGUGAAGUGAUGUCAUACGCUUUCAUAUUUUUUGUUAACCAAAUAACCAUAUAUUUUCAGCCCUGUUGCAUUGACGUCACAUUACUUUUUCUAAGUCUCACAACAAAUACUAAGAAACACACAGAAUAUGUUAGUUAUGUAACAAAGAUACCAAAAUUACAAUAAAAGAAUGAGUGAUGGAAUUAACUGAGAGGCGAUAA